GAUCAGGGCUGGAGUUGGAGCCCAAGGGAGGGCAGACAAGCUGAUGGUGCCUGCUGCCUUGGACUGCCUUGAACCUCUAAGAUCCCAUCCUCCACCUCUCAGUGCCACUACCAUGAUGGAUGUGAGUGAACUUGGGGAGUCUGCCCGCUACCUCCGCCAGGGCUACCAGGAGCAGAUGAAGGUGCACACUGUCCUGUGGGAUGGGAAGAAGCGGGUCUGGGUACCUGAUGAACAGGAUGCUUAUGCGGAGGCUGAGGUCAAAUCCGAGGCUACUGGGGGCAGAGUCAACGUGGAGACCAAAGACCAGAAGGUGCUGACGGUUCGUGAAGCUGAACUGCAGCCCAUGAACCCACCCUGCUUCGACUUGCUGGAGGACAUGGCCAUGAUGACACACCUCAGCGAGGCAGCCGUACUGCACAACCUGCGCCAGCGUUAUGCGCGCUGGAUGAUCUAUACAUACUCGGGCCUCUUCUGUGUCACCAUCAACCCCUACAAAUGGCUCCCGAUCUAUACAGCCUCCGUGGUAGCCGCUUACAAGGGAAAGCGCCGCUCGGAGGCCCCGCCCCACAUAUAUGCGGUGGCAGAUAACGCCUACAAUGACAUGCUGCGCAACCGAGAGAACCAGUCCAUGCUGAUCACGGGAGAGUCGGGGGCCGGUAAGACGGUUAACACCAAGCGGGUCGUUCAGUACUUUGCCGUCGUCGCUGCCCUGGGAGACGGGCUGGGCAAGAAGGCCUUUCUGGCCACGAAGACCAGGGGCACCCUCGAGGAUCAAAUCAUUGAGGCUAACCCUGCCAUGGAGGCUUUUGGCAACGCCAAGACCCUGCGGAACGACAAUUCGUCCCGCUUCGGCAAGUUCGUCCGCAUUCACUUUGGUCCAUCUGGGAAGCUGGCAUCUGCGGAUAUUGACAGCUAUCUCCUGGAGAAGUCAAGGGUGAUCUUCCAGCUGCCCGGUGAGCGAGGCUACCACGUCUACUACCAGAUCCUCUCGGGGAAGAAGCCAGAGCUGCAGGACAUGCUGCUUCUGUCUAUGAACCCCUAUGACUACCACUUCUGCAGCCAGGGCGUCAUCACUGUGGACAGCAUGAAUGACGGGGAGGAGCUCAUGGCCACUGACCAUGCCAUGGACAUCCUGGGCUUCAGCGUGGAUGAGAAGUGCGCCUGCUACAAGACCGUGGGGGCCCUCCUGCACUUAGGCAGCAUGAAAUUCAAGCAGAAGCAGUGGGAGGAGCAGGCUGAGGCCGACGGCACCGAGAGUGCUGACAAGGCUGCCUACCUGAUGGGGGUCAGCAGUGGAGAACUCCUCAAAGGCCUUCUGCACCCCCGAGUGCGUGUGGGCAACGAGUAUGUGACCAAGGGCCAGAGCGUGGAGCAGGUGGUGUUUGCUGUGGGGGCUCUGGCCAAGGCCACCUACGACCGGCUGUUCCGCUGGCUGGUGUCACGGAUCAACCAGACGCUGGACACCAAGUUGCCCCGUCAGUUCUUCAUCGGCGUCCUGGACAUCGCCGGUUUUGAGGUCUUUGAGUUUAACAGCUUUGAACAGCUGUGUAUCAACUUCACCAACGAGAAGCUGCAGCAGUUCUUCAACCAGCACAUGUUUGUGCUGGAGCAGGAGGAGUACAAGCGGGAGGGCAUUGACUGGGUCUUCAUAGACUUUGGCCUGGACCUGCAGCCCUGCAUUGACCUCAUCGAGAAGCCACUGGGCAUCCUGUCCAUUCUGGAGGAGGAGUGUAUGUUCCCCAAGGCCUCAGAUGCCAGCUUUCGGGCCAAGCUCUAUGAUAACCACGCGGGGAAGUCGCCCAAUUUCCAGCAGCCACGGCCUGACAAGAAGCGCAAAUACCAGGCCCACUUUGAGGUGGUCCACUACGCGGGUGUGGUGCCUUACAGCAUCGUGGGCUGGCUGGAAAAAAACAAGGAUCCACUGAAUGAGACGGUGGUCCCCAUCUUCCAAAAGUCGCAGAACAAGCUCUUGGCUACUCUCUACGAGAACUAUGCUGGCUCCUGCCCUACCGAGCCCCCCAAGUCUGGGGUGAAAGAGAAGCGUAGGAAGGCAGCAUCAUUCCAGACGGUGUCCCAGCUACACAAGGAGAACCUCAACAAGCUGAUGACCAACCUGCGGGCCACACAGCCCCACUUUGUCCGUUGCAUUGUCCCCAACGAGAACAAGACCCCAGGGGUCAUGGAUGCCUUCUUGGUGCUACACCAGCUGCGCUGCAAUGGGGUUCUGGAGGGGAUCCGGAUCUGCCAACAAGGUUUCCCCAAUAGGCUGCUUUACGCUGACUUCCGGCAGCGGUACCGCAUCCUGAACCCCAGCACCAUCCCGGACGACACCUUCAUGGACAGCAGGAAGGCCACAGAGAAGCUGCUGGCCUCGCUGGACAUCGACCACACCCAGUACCAGUUUGGCCAUACCAAGGUGUUCUUCAAGGCUGGGCUUCUAGGCGUCUUGGAGGAGCUUCGUGACCAGCGUCUGGCCAAGGUCCUGACACUGCUGCAGGCACGGAGCCGGGGCCGCCUCAUGCGCCUCGAGUACCAGCGCCUGCUUGGAGGCAGGGAUGCCCUGUUCACCAUCCAGUGGAACAUCCGCGCCUUCAAUGCCGUCAAGAACUGGUCAUGGAUGAAGCUCUUUUUCAAGAUGAAGCCGCUACUACGCUCAGCGCAGGCUGAGGAGGAGCUGGCGGCCCUGCGGGCAGAGCUGCGCGGGCUGCGAGGGGCACUGGCCACCGCCGAAGCCAAGCGCCGGGAGCUGGAGGAGAUGCACGUCAGCGUCACCCAGGAGAAGAACGACCUGGCCCUGCAGCUGCAGGCAGAGCAGGAAAACCUGGCGGAUGCCGAGGAGCGCUGCCACUUGCUCAUCAAGUCCAAGGUGCAGCUGGAGGCGAAGGUGAAGGAGCUGAGCGAGCGGCUGGAGGACGAGGAGGAGGUGAAUGCUGACCUGGCUGCCCGCCGGCGCAAGCUGGAAGAUGAGUGCACAGAGCUCAAGAAGGACAUUGAUGACCUGGAGCUGACGCUGGCCAAGGCCGAGAAGGAGAAGCAAGCCACGGAGAAUAAGGUGAAGAACCUGACGGAGGAGAUGGCGGCGCUGGACGAGUCGGUGGCCCGGCUGACGAAGGAGAGGAAGGCCUUGCAGGAGGCCCACCAGCAGGCCCUGGGCGACCUCCAGGCUGAGGAAGACCGUGUGAGCGCGCUGGCCAAGGCCAAGGCCCGCCUGGAGCAGCAGGUGGAAGACCUGGAGUGCUCCCUGGAGCAAGAGAAGAAGCUGCGCAUGGACACGGAGCGGGCCAAACGCAAGCUCGAGGGUGACCUGAAACUGACGCAGGAGUCGGUGACAGACGCUGCCCAGGACAAGCAGCAGCUGGAGGAGAAGCUCAAGAAAAAGGACUCCGAGCUGAGUCAGCUGAACCUUCGAGUGGAGGACGAGCAGCUCCUUGGGGCCCAGCUGCAGAAGAAGAUCAAGCAGCUGCAGGCUCGGGCGGAGGCACUGGAAGAGGAGCUGGAGGCCGAGCGCGCGGCCCGGGCCCGCGUGGAGAAGCAGCGGGCAGAGGCAGCCCGGGAGCUGGAGGAGCUGAGCGAGCGGCUGGAGGAGGCGGGCGGUGCGUCCGCGGGGCGGCGCGAGGGCUGCCGGAAGCGCGAGGCUGAGCUGGGGCGGCUGCGGCGGGAACUGGAGGAGGCGGCCCUGCGGCACGAGGCCACGGUGGCUGCGCUGCGGCGCAAGCAGGCGGAGAGCGCGGCCGAGCUGGGCGAGCAGGUGGACAGUCUGCAGCGGGCGCGCCAGAAGCUGGAAAAGGAGAAGAGCGAGCUCCGCAUGGAGGUGGACCAUCUGGGCGCCAGCGUGGAGACUCUGGCCCGCGGCAAGGCCAGUGCAGAGAAGCUGUGCCGGGCCUAUGAGGAUCAGCUGAGCGAGGCCAAGUUCAAGGUGGAGGAGCUGCAGCGGCAACUGGCAGAUGCCAGCACCCAGCGCGGGCGGCUACAAACCGAGAGUGGGGAGCUGAGCCGCCUGCUGGAGGAGAAGGAGUCUCUGAUUAGCCAGCUGAGCCGUGGGAAGGCCUUGGCCACCCAGAGCCUGGAGGAACUGCGGCAGCAGCUGGAGGAGGAGAGCAAGGCCAAGAGCACGCUGGCCCAUGCCGUGCAGGCGUCGCGGCAUGACUGUGACCUCCUGCGGGAGCAGCACGAGGAGGAGGCCGAAGCCCAGGCCGAGCUGCAGCGGCUGCUGUCCAAGGCCAACGCCGAGGUGGCCCAGUGGAGGAGCAAGUACGAGGCAGAUGCCAUCCAGAGGACCGAGGAACUGGAGGAGGCCAAAAAGAAGCUGGCACUGCGGCUGCAGGAGGCAGAGGCGGGGGUAGAGGCCGCUCAUGCCAAGUGCUCGUCGCUGGAGAAGGCCAAGCUGCGGCUGCAGACAGAGUCGGAGGACGUGACCCUGGAGCUGGAGCGGGCGACCUCAGCGGCCGCGGCGCUGGACCAGAAGCAGCGGCACUUGGAGCGGGCGCUGGAGGAGCGGCGGCGGCAGGAGGAGGAGAUGCAGCGGGAGCUGGAGGCGGCCCAGAGGGAGGCCCGCAGCCUGGGCACGGAGCUCUUCCGGCUGCGGCACAGCCACGAGGAGGCUCUUGAGGCCCUGGAGACUCUCAGGCGGGAGAACAAGAACCUGCAGGGU